AUGCAGAUCGCCACACCACACAGCAUCUCUCUUCUCCUGCCUUCUACCUCUCGACCUUGUCCUUCUCUUCAGUCCCUGUUUUUCCCUAGACGAAUAUGCUCUCUUUCCUAUUCUUCUCAAACGUCGAUUCUUCCGGAUGCCAGCGAUGAUUUCAUCGUCGGCGACUGUCUCGUUUACGAGGACGGCGUCUUCGAAGACCCUUAUCUCGAGGGGGAGGUCAGUCGCGUUUCUAGCGACGCGAUACAGGAGCGGAAGACGAAGCGGCGGGGCAGGACCAAGAUGAUAGAUGAAUCCGAGACUGAGCCGGACAACCUCGUGCCGGAUGAAUGGAGGGAUAUUCAGGCGGAGGUGAAUCUGACGAAGAAGGACAAGCGGAAAAUAGCGCAGGAGCUGGAGUUCGGGGUUCGGGUGGAGAAGAAGAGACAAGGCCUGAUUCCGCUCAGGAACGUGGACUUGAAGGAGUAUCUGACGUACAAGGAAGCCAAGUUGAAUCAAUUAAAACCUGUGAUUCUCGAUAAACCGAGCAGUUUCUCCGACGAUGGAGCGUCCAGCGACGGUGUAGCAUCUCCCAGCGUGCGAGUGGCCCCGAAGAAUCCAAGAUGGGCAGUUUACGGCAAGGGAUUCGACCACGUUACCAAGUUCUUCAAUAGCGACAAGUACGAUCCCAGUGGCAAGAAAUCCGAGGGCCCUCGGAAACUGCUUUCAAAAGAAGAAAAGUUUAUGCUCAAUAGCCGCAAUCCCGACCUAGCAGUUGCCACCUCCAAAAAGUGGCUUCCUCUUCACACACUGGCAGCGUCGGGAGAGUUUUAUCUGGUCGAUUCCUUGCUAAAGCACAAUCUUGAUAUCAACGCAACCGACGUGGGGGGCUUGACAGCACUUCACCGAGCAAUAAUUGGGAAAAAGCAGGCUAUUACGAACUACCUACUGAGGGAAUCGGCCAACCCAUUUGUUGUUGAUGAUGAAGGUGCGACUUUGAUGCACUAUGCUGUGCAAACAGCAUCAGCUCCCACAAUAAAACUUCUCCUGCUGUAUAACGCUGACAUCAACGCUCAAGACAGGGACGGGUGGACGCCCCUGCACGUGGCAGUACAGGCCAGAAGAAGCGACAUUGUGAAACUCCUUUUGAUUAAAAGGGCGGACAUACAUGUCAAGAAUAAGGAUGGAUUAACUCCGCUCGGGCUUUGCCUCUACCUUGGAAGAGAGACUAGGACGUAUGAGGUGAUGAAGAUGUUGAUAGAGUUUCCCCUUACUAGACUCAACAAGAGAUCGGUAACAGAGUAA